AAACCCAAUAUUGAACCCAUUAUAUUUGAGGUGAUUUUGAGGUACAUUUACAGUGGAGUGCUAGAAAUCACGAAUCUCACGGUCGAACAAAUACUAAAGCUUUUGAUUGCAUGCGAUGAACUAUGUAUCCAAGAUCUAUUCGAUUCGCUACAAUCUCACAUAAUUCAUGAACAUCCCAAAUGGAUUCGAAAGAAUUUAGUAAUGAUCUAUCAAACCUGUUUUCAUCAUUCGUCACUUACGAAACUUCUUCAACACCUUUUCGAUUUAGUCACCAAGAACUCGAAGAUUCUCUUCGAUUCACCAGAAUUUCUUCACCUCAACGAGCCUGAAUUAGUUUUCAUACUACAACAAAAAGAAUUAAUGUCGUCGAUGAGCGAAGGAAGAAAAUGGGAUCACGUACUCCGAUGGGGAAUCUCACAGCAUUCCGAGUUACCUACAAGUUUGGUCAAAUGGAAAACACAAGAUUUUGAGAAACUCCAAUGCACGUUAGCGAAAUGUGUUUCAUUAAUCAAUUUUAACGAUAUUGGCGCCAAGGAAUUUUAUCAGAAAGUUCAACCUUAUGCAUUCUUGCUAGAUGUGAGCACUUAUCAACGUGUUCACCUCAAACACCUAUCGACGUCACACUCCAUAUGGAAAUCAAGAUCAGAAAUGGCAUACAAUGCAAUACCGCAGAUGAUUGAUUCAUUGAUAUUGAACGAUGAACAGGCGAAGUUAAUUUCAAGUUGGAUAAGUAAGGAUAGUUUUUCUACACGAAUGGUGAAGAGAUUUUCGGAGGUGAUCUUAAGGAGUAGUAAAAGGAAUGUUAGCGCACGGAGACUUCGGCAAAUUAACCAAGUAAGGUUGAGGGAGAAUGAUGAAUUUGUAGUAAUUGACGGGAUAAAUAAUUCCGAUAAUAGUGGUAGAAUUGGUAACGCGAAUAAAUACAGGUCGCAUGUAAAUAGAAGAGAGAGACCAAUGUCGGCAAUUUACGCCAGCUCGAUGAGAAUUGAUGACACUAUUUCAGAAAGAGAACGACCAAUGUCUGCUGUGUUUUCCGGUGAUUUUAAUUAUUCAUCUAUCAGCACGUUAAACUCGUACCAGCCUUAUUUUGACAAUGAAUCAUCAUCUCGUGGUUACAAAGGAGGUGACACGAGGAAUUCACUUCCAAUUUCUACUGUAACUUCCACAUCUACAAAUGAUUAUGAAUUUCGAUUGUUAUUAAGAGGCUCCCGAGAUGGUUUUAGUCCUGCAGUGUUCCACGAGCUUUGUGAUAAUCAGGGGCCCACAUUGUGUGUUUUUAAAUUGAGCGGGUCAGGAAAGAUACUGGGAGGAUACAAUCCGUUACAUUGGAAGUCGGCUAACCCACGAGUUUACGAAAGUUCCAUUGAUGGAUUUUUGUUUAGUUUUGAUCAUUGUACUGUUAUUAAUACGAAUAUUCCUAAUUAUGAUCGUGCAGACAGAAGUAAUCACUGUAGUGAUCAUAAAACUUCCAACUGUUAUGAUGGAAUCAGUAAUUCAAAAAACAAAACCACUGUUUCAUCAAAUAAUAAUAAUCACAGAAAGUUAAAUCCUAGUUUUUCAAGUCUUUCCACCAUCAUCUCCUCUCCAGAAUCCCCUGAUUCAACAUCUUCCUUCUCUCCUAUGGACCCUCCUUCUUCUAUAAACAACUGUCCCUCAAACUUUUAUGAUACUACACCAACCCUUUAUUACUAUGCAAUGAAUCCCAAGCAAAGCAUCAAGAACUAUAAACUACAUCGUGCCAAAGAGAAUCAUAACACCAUUCGACAAUAUCAACACGGUGGUCCAAAUUUUUUUUGUCUAAGACUAUGCAGCAAUAAUAAGGUAAAGUAUUAUCAUAAGAAGUAUUAUACUCCUCCAUUACACGAAGAAGGGAGUUUUGAUGUGGAGGAGUAUGAGGUAUUUAAAGUGAUUAAGAUCGGUAAUGAG